AUGUGACCAAUUGAAUUGUUUAGGUCGCGCGUCUUUCGGAGUUGGCGGGUGUGCGGUGUCAAUAGAUUCAGAUCAGAAGCAACAGAGACUCCGCAGAGGCCCGGGCGCAUUUUUUCCCCCCCAAAUUCUUCUACUUCUAUCAUUAAUACUUGUGUUAGUUUUCUAAAACAUGUCUGACUGUAUCCAGGGCAGAGGACGCGACGCUCACAGCAGCGAACACGAAAAAAGGAGCGGCGGCCCGUCCCGGUGGAACCACUCCAGGAAGAGGGGGGUAGAUGGGAGCUUGCGGGCCAAGGGCGCUGUGGACGGCGACGGCGUGGAGAACGGCCGGCAUACGGACAGACACCCAGACGGCAGAAACGCCAGUUUCACCACCCCAGAAGGCACGGGGCCGGUGUCACGCUGCGGGAGACGGGCCGACUGGGGCAGCCAGGUGGAGGAUGACGAGAUGAGGAGGGACGUGCACAGAGACAUCCAGCGCUACAGGAGGAGGAUACUGGGCGGAGAGGUCAGGGAGAGGAAGACCUCAUCUGGCUCUUCUGAGAGCUGUGACUCUAGAGAGGGAGAAAACAUGGAGACCGAUGAGGCCGUUCUGCUCCGGCGCCAAAAACAGAUCAACUACGGGAAGAACACGUUAGCCUACGACCGAUACGUCAAGGAAGUCCCAAAGCACCUGCGUCAGCCGGGCGUUCACCCGAAGACUCCCAAUAAGUUCAGGAAGUACAGCCGUCGCUCCUGGGACCAGCAGAUCAAACUGUGGAAGGUCAAGCUUCACGCCUGGGACCCCCCCACAGACAACAGCCAGGACAAGGCCCUCAACAACAUCGAGGAGCUGGAUCUUGACGACGUGAUGGACAUCGAGCUGGACUUCCCGACCCUGAGCGACCCCCACGAUGUCCCGGCCUCUCUCCCAACACAAAAGCUUUCGUUGGAGGAUGAAGAGAAUUCGGGUACUCCAGUUAAACUACAGAAGACUGAAACAACAGUGGAGGCUCACAUGGCGUAGCUCAAACCCCCCCCAUCGCCCCCCCGCCCUCCUUCUAAUACUCAUCCGUGACUUUCUACCAUGUUACUCGGAGAGAGACUCACUACUGUCUCUGGUUCAGCCGCUGGUCAUUUAUUAUUUUUUUUUCUGGAUGUAUACUAGUUCUUAAUCUUUAUGGCCUUUUUACAGAUGAAUAAUCUGCUCAGGAAACGUCUUAAUUUACAGGUUUGUCUUUAAUGAAGUUCAUUUAAAAGGUUUCGGAUUCGCUGUUCAGAUGCAAACUCAGCAGUCGGCCACACAUCCAGGUUCGUUGGCGUCGCCCUGUGCAUGCUAGGUGCUACCUGCUAGAUGCUAUCCUAAUGAUGCUAAUGGAAAAAUGUCUAAAAUCUGGAAAAAAAAAAAAAAAAAGAAAAGAAAUUUUAUCGUGCAGAACGUGGGAGUUGCUGGUCUACUUGCGGUGAUAAUAUUGUAAAUGUGUCCAACGUGGUCCUUGUUUUAAGAGUGUGAAAUGUGCGGUUGUGCGCCUACCGACAUCUGCUGUAGCGAAUACACACCGACUGUGGUAGAAACACAACUGCACGGUUCACGGAGGCGAGGGCGGUAUUUCUUUUUUAGUAGCAAUUUGAAAAUCCCAGGGUGUACACUUUUGGAGCAGUUUUAAUUUGGAUGUGUCAUUCUGAUUUGUUUUUACUUUGUGUUUUUGUUUUGUUUUGUUUAGUUUUUUUAAAAAAAAAAAAAUAAAAAAUGUAACUAUAUUUCUUAUUGCUAUGUCUUUCUUGGUGAAAAGUUUGAAAUAAAAACAACAUCUUGAACAUG